AUGACACGUCCCGAGCAAGUAACACCAACAGAGGAGGCAAGUGAAGCCGACACGGCCGCGGCGAAAUCAGAUGAGCAGAGCUCGACCUUUCUCUUAUGUUCUUGAAGAGGUUUUGUUUCGGUUUGUGAACUACACGUUUGAUCUGACAAAGAACUUUAAUUUUCCAGCGUAUCUGAUCUGUACGCUUAGGGAUACUAAAAGUGUCUAGAGCAUGAGCAAGUUCAUGUUUUGAUAUGGGGGAUCAUACGCUCAAGCUAAAUUAAUAGCGAACAGAAGUCAACUUACAAAUUUCUAAUUCCCACCAUCGACCACGAUGACCGACCAAGAAAGAUCCUUGCUAGAACCGAUAGCAAGGAAACCACCGGAAGUAACCGUUCUGAAUCUGCCAGACUGAGGGCAAGGAGAUUAGCAGUGCUUUUCACCGACCCUCAGGACCGUGAAUCCAUGGAUUUAGAGCUAAAACGACUCCUCGAACGCGCUAGAGCCUCUCCUGAUGUCCAUCCGUUUGCCAAAACCCAAGACAAGCUCACCUUUGUUCUGUCCGUAAUGCUGUGUUUCUUUGCGGCUAGCGCACUCACAGCGAGUUUUAUGCCCUCGGCAACGAAGGUGGACACGGAGUGGGGCAGAGUCAGGAUCUUCUCGCAGUACGUCUACCCAGCGAUUUUGGUCAUCUUGGUGCCACUACGGUUUUACCUAUACAGGAAGAGAAAGUACUUGUUACUUUGAAGAUUUUUCUCCCUACGUGGUAGCACUAUAUUUUGUUGCUCCUUGCCGAGUUCCUCUUCCAGGAUUGACUUUAUAAUCCAGCGCUUCUUGUCCUCGUCGCUUUCCACAUUAUGAUUAUCAUCCCCCACGAUUCUUCUACCAAUUUAUUUGAAUCCCUUCUCUAUAAUUGAAACCACGGCAUCUAAUAUCAGGUACCAAUACUUCUGCCUCGACUAUUGCUAUUUUUCCAACUACGUUUUAGUCCUCUGGCUCUGGGUCUUUCCUGACGUCCCCGAACUCUUCUCCAUCGCUUUUGCUGCUGCCGCCGGACCCCUUGCCGGUGCGACGUGGCUCUUCCGCAACAGUCUCGUUUUCCACUCUCUCGAUAAAAUGACUUCCUGUUACAUCCAUUUGGCGCCGUUGUUGGUGGUGUUUGAAAUGCGGCACUCAAGCGCGGAUCUGGAUUCAGAUAUCGAGUAUACGUUUCCCAAGACAUUCACGGUUGGAGAUGCAGUGGGCUAUUUAUGAGAGGAAAGAGCGUACUCACACUCAAGAAUAGAGCAGGCGGCUUCCUACUUACUGGCUCGGUGUUUUUCCUUCCCGUUCACUACCAAAAUCGUUUAUUAUUAUAUGAAAUCUUCUAUCAUCCAGAUUACAAAAAGCGCCUAGAGUCUACUUGAGGAUGACUCCACUUUUUCCCAUCAUGCUAGGGCGGACUGUUCUACCUUGGUCAUCUAGCGUUGUACACGCUGAUCCUGAAUCUCCCUGUUGCGCUGGGUGGCUUACCAGAGGAUCCGGCGUAUCUCACGAGUUUCAGAUAUUUGGUACUGACGCCACCAAAAGCGUCAAAAGCGGACACUAGUAACAAGGCUGGCACAUCAUUAAAUGGCGGAGCCUCCAAACUAGAUCGCGUUGAUGAAGAAGAGGGAGCAGCGGGAAUGGGGAUGCCAACGUUAUGAUAAAAAAGAUUAACGAUACGUACUGUUACAAGUGCUGUCAAAAAUUGAAACUGAGUUUUUCUAACACCUGUGAAAAAAGAAUGGGCUAUGCUACCUGGAGGUCCGAAGUUCGCUCUGUUCUGGUACACCGCGUUUAAUAUGGUCGCCGUUUGCGCUUGGUACGUCUUCACUCCUGUGUUUUACCAUUUAUGGACUACUGUUGUCGCUUCAAACUACACCAACACGAUCAUGGACAAGUGGCUUUAGCUUCCACAAUACUAUCCGUUGCUGUACAAAUCAGACAUUGAUACAUAGGACGACGCCUAGGGCUUUUUCUUUACGAUUUAAACUUUCAACCAUUUUUUUGAUUUUACGCAUCCAUUGGCACUACAAGAACAACUACCUCAACCUCUCCCCCCCCAGCAAGUACCUCUCUUCAUACCCUUCUUUUGUUGGGAUGCUGGUAGUUGUGGUAUUUUGGUUUACGCUUGCAACAUGGAAUGGCGCAAACUUCUAUAUCGAGGUUUUUUCUAGAGGUGCGAAACUUAAACUUCCGCUUGCUUCAACGUCACCAACGAAAGAUGGUGUGGCAGUGGAGCGAGCGGCGUGACGCAUGUAGGUUGAGCAGGAGGAUUGGUGGAAGUAGCAAUGAAUCUCGGUUCCAACAUUCUGGUUGAUGAUAAGUCAGAUUUUGAGGCACUUUCGUGUCCUUGAUAUUUAUUGUUUAGUCUCCCAGAAGAUAGUACAUGUAAGACUAUGCGAGACUCAUGCCAUGUCAUGCUCACUUCAACUCAAGUGAGCUAAUGUCGUGUAAGCAGUUACUCCAGAAUUUGAAUUAGCACGUAGGAAAAAUAGAGACUUCAUCUUUAUUAAGUUGAAAUUAUUGACUUCACGUUCACGCUAAUGCGCAACAAAAUGAGGGGAGGUUUUGUUGAUCUCAAUUUUUGUAAAGCUGGAGCUUCUUCCAACGUUCCUAUGUCCGUAUUUCAUACCACUUCUAAUGUCGCGCGCAUCAGCGGCUCUCCUUAUGAAUAUAGCCGAUUCUAUUAGUUCUUCGCCCUCUGAGUGUUUAUAACAGAGAAGCUCGUACUACGGUGACCAUAGUAGAUAUAGACACGCACAGAUACUUCUACCUGUUGUCGCUGAUGAGUUCUUGGGCUUUUGCAUAGAUAAUUAGAAUGGGCUACAUAUCAAGAAGUAUGUGCAUUCUACCUCCUGCUCCUCGCUCUGUUGUUACUCUCCAACACUUGGUUGGCAGGUUCAUGUGGGUGCUAUCUUUUUACCUAAAGGUACCAGAACUACUAGCAAGGAUGGACAUGAGCAGUGGGUUUGCAACGUACAAAUGUGUGCCUUUGAGCUUUUGACAUGACAAAAUUGUUAUGCACUGUUACUUUUUCAAAUUCAAUCCGACAAGUAGGGCAGCAUCUUGUGUAUAGUAUUGAAACGUAAAUGUCCGUUAACAUCAC